AUGAAGAGACUCGCAGCUCGCCGCUAUGCUGGUUUGCUAAUUCUCUCCCCCGCCGCCGCAGCCGAUCCUGGGAGCCCGCCCGCAGACCGCGCUCAGCCUGAGGCAGGAGAGAACGGUUCGCUGGAGAACAUGGAAGAGGACAUCAGCCUAAAGAAGCGUAAAGGUGAUCACCAUGGGGAGAGAGUGCUGCAGGCCGCGCAGGAAACCGGCGAGAAGGUGAAAAGGAAGCGAGGGCGCCCGCCAGCAGAGAAACUUCCUCCGAAUCCACCUGAGCUCACCAGAACACUGAACACGCUGGUCGACAUGGUGAUCAACUACAAGGACGGGUUGGGUCGGCAGAUCAGUAAAGGCUUUGUGCAGCUUCCCUCCCGGAAGGAGGCACCUGAGUACUACGAGCUGAUCCGGAAGCCUGUGGACUUCAGGAGGAUCAGGGAACGUGUGCGCAAUCACAAGUACAGAAGUGUGGGGGAUCUGGAGAAGGACAUUUUCCUCCUGUGUCACAAUGCUCAGACUUAUAACCUGGAAGGAUCUCAGAUCUAUGAGGAUUCAAUUGUUAUUAAGUCCGUUUUCGAGAGCGCGAGACAGAGAAUUGUCACAGACGAGGAGCAGAAAGAGACGGUUAGCACCAGUCACAGUGAUAAUGGCGGCAGAGCUGAAGACCAGUUUGUUCCAUCAGCAGGGAAACCACUACCAGUCCAGCUAAAGAAGGGCUCUAAGGAGGAGAAAAGCAGAAAUACAAUGGCCAAGAGGCUCCACAGUGAUUUAGACAGUGAUGAGGAUCUAGAGGCUAACACCACAAAGGAUGAAGGGUGAACUGAAAGGCCCCAAAAGGUCAAUUUUUUGUAUUCUUCUUCAUGUCUGUUCACUGCCACAUCCCUUUUCAUUGGUUUCCUCAUUUUUCUAAGCAAAAUAAAGGUCUUUGAAAAUAGAACAGAAGGGGCCACUCGAAGAGAGCCACUUGUGGGGUAAUGCUUUUUUCAUUAAGAUGACUCAUGCCACUCAAUCAAGUCUUGCUGCACUUAGUGCUGUUCCUUUAAUUUAGCUAGUAUUUUACAGUAAUUAUGAUUUCCAUUCUAUCUGCCUUGGUCCCUGUGAUUGCUUCUGCAGAUAUUAUGUAAAACACCAGUUUCAUUGACUGUUUUUAAUCGGUAUAUUUGAUUGUAUGAAAAGCCUUCAUAUGUCUUGGAGCAUGAUUUGUAUCUCUCCUGAAACCGAGAUCCUCCAGAGCAGCGCCCGCUGAAGAACCGCAGCGCGGGGAAGGUCUUUUUAACGACAACGGGGACAAACGAACACUGCAAGUGUGUUUAAAAAUCUCUGAAUGAGAUUAGAGAUGCUACAUCUUUGAUUAAAUAAUCCUAAUAAACACACAGCGGACGUAUGAGGACAAAGAGACUUGAUAGUACGCCUUUUGUCUGCUUCUGAUGCUUGAUGGAGUCAGUUUGGGUCUUAUCAAGGGUACUCAAGUUGAACAUUUGUAUCCCUUGUGCUACAGUGUAUUCCCAUAUUGUACAGUCUGUGCAGAGUAAUUCAAAACUCUAUUGCUUUUCAGUUACUCUCCUAGUUGGGGAGGACAGAAGACGUCGUUGU